UCAUGUUAGCAUUAUUCAUUUAAUAAACAAUUGCGCGGUAGUUGAGUAGGAAUUAAAAUGAAUGCUGCCAUUGUAACCUGUUUGCUACUUACUCUCAAUGGAGCUUUAGCGCAGAAAGUAUUUCCAGAAAGCUUUAGAUUUGGAACAGCUGGUGCUUCUUAUCAGAUCGAAGGCGGAUACAAUGAGGGCGGUAGAGGUCCCAGUAUAUGGGAUACUUUUUCUCAUAUUCCAGGAAAUAUUCAAAAUGACUCUAACGGAGACAUUGCCUCUGACUCCUACCACAAGUACAAGGAAGAUGUGGCUAUUUUGAAAGACCUGGGAGUCCAAAUCUAUCGUUUUUCCAUUUCCUGGUCGAGAAUCUUUACAGAUGGAACCCCAAAUACAUACAACCAAGCUGGAGUUGAUUAUUACCUCAGCCUCAUUGAUGAAUUGCGCGCCAACAAUAUCGAACCAGUAGUGACUCUCUACCACUGGGACUUGCCACAGCACCUGGAAGAUUUAGGAGGGUGGCUCAACCCCCAGAUUGCUGAUUAUUUUGGAGAUUAUGCCAGAGUUGUUUAUAAGAAUCUUGGACCUUUUGUCAAAUACUGGGUGACAAUUAAUGAACCUGGAACAACAUGCACAUUGGGAUAUGGACAAGGUGUUCACGCUCCAGGCAAAAGUUUGAUCGGAGAUGGCAUCUAUACAUGUGCCUACAACAACCUUAGAGCGCACGCCAAAGCCUACAGAAUUUACGAUGAAGAAUUUAAAGCUGAACAAGGAGGAAAAGUGACGAUUAACAGUGCGGUUUCCAACUUCUACCCAAAAGAUAGCGAAAGUCUUCUAGAUCUGGAAGCUGUGGAGAGAACCUAUGAGUUUAACGCUGGUUUGUAUGCCAACGCUGUCUUUAAAGGCAAUUGGCCCCAGGUGGUCAUUGAUAGAGUUGCCAACAGAAGUAGACUAGAAGGUUACUCCUUCUCUAGAUUACCGGAAUUCACUCAGGAAGAAAUCGACUAUAUCAACGGAACUUAUGACUUUUUUGCUUUGAAUAUAUACACUAGUGCUUUUGCUGAAUAUGCUGAUGACUCGCCCAUCACCACUCCAUCCAUCUGGCUGGAUCAAGGAACCAUAACUUCUGGAGAUCCUUCAUGGCCCACAAGUGCCUCUUCUUGGUUAACUUCUGACCCGCCGGGAGUCAGAUAUCUACUCAACUAUCUCAACAAGAAGUAUAAUCCUGGGGAGUUUAUAAUCACUGAAAAUGGAUGGUCUACGCUUCCAGGAGAAUUGGACGAUCAAUCCAGAAUCGAAUAUCUCAGCGGCUAUUUGAGCAACAUCCUAGAUGCCAUCCUGGAUGAUAGAAUUAACGUAACCGGAUACACACUGUGGAGUUUGUUAGAUAACUUCGAAUGGGCCGAAGGAUACACGCAACGAUUUGGAAUUGUCCAAGUAGAUUUUGAAAGUCCCGAGAGAACCAGAACAUACAAGGCGUCAGCCGAAUGGUACAAGCGCGUGGUUGCGGCCAGAGCCAUUGUUGACUAAAUAAUAAAGUUAAUUAACUAUUAAAUACUUUCCAUGUAAACAA